AUGCGUCAUUCAAAGAGGACUAAAUUAUCUGUUGAUGAUAUAAACGCUGCACUUCGUGUCAAAAACGUUGAACCUCUUUAUGGAUAUACAUGUGGCGAAACACCAAAAUUUAGAAAAACAACGAUAAAUUCCACAGACAUCUAUUUCGAUGAUGACGAAGAAGUUGAUUUUGAAAAAGUAUUGAGUAAACCUUUACCCAAGAUUCCUCUAGAUGUUACCUUUACAGCUCAUUGGCUUGCUAUUGAAGGCGUUCAGCCUGCUAUUCCUCAAAAUCCUACUCCUAAUGAUGCAAAAGCUGAAUUACUCACAAAACGGUCAAAGACUCACACUAGUUCUAAUGGCAUCACAACUGAUCAAGUUAAUGUAAAACCUCUUGUUAAACAUGUAUUAUCAAAGGAAUUACAAAUGUAUUUUGAAAGAAUUACAGAAGCUGUAUUAAGUGAAGACGAACGUUUACAAUCACAAGCAUUUGAAAGUCUACGACUCGAUCCAGGCCUUCAUCAGCUUUUACCUUACUUUAUUCAGCAUAUUCAUAAAAAAGUGACACAAAAUCACAAGAAUUUAGAUGUUUUAGAGGCAAUGUUGUCCAUGUCUUAUUCAUUAUUGAGCAAUAAGCAUCUAUUUGUUGAACCUUAUGUAACGUAUACAUUGUUCUAUUUAAUUAAAACAAAAGUAACUAAUACAUACAUAUAG